AUGGCGAAUGAAUACGGCAUCGAACACGCGCCGGGGCCCUGGGAAUGCACGGGAGAAUCUUGGUGGUUUACAUGUUAUCCCUUUGGUGGUAACAAGAACAACGUUCCCGGAGCUGCCAACGUACUCGAUUUCCACCCAGGCGUAAAUGAUAAAUUUGAUGGCGGUAUCGGCAUGAUCAUGGUGGUUCGAUAUUCCUCAACUCCAGUGGGACCUUAUGACGAGCUUCUAUACAUUCCGGGUUAUUACGAUACGCCACACGCUUCUAGCUCCCGUUAUCGAAUCACCAACAUUUAUGUUUCCUCCAAAGAAACAACAUACAAUGGUCGUCGCAAUUGGAACAUUCCUAAGCACCUUGCUGUGUUCAAUUUUGACAAGUCGGAGACCACGGGACACACUACAAUCACUGUUGCUCACCCGGAAACACCAGAUAAUCCCUUCUUUGUAGCCGUACUCAAGGAUAUACCGGUUGUCAGCAGUAUCGGAGUCCCCUUGAGUACUAGUUUAUUUCCAAUGAACUUGGAGUUUCACCAACCGGAUAUCAAGGCGGUUGAUACUCCACAGGGGAAAGCUAACGGAGAGACUGGAACGGAGACAUGGCAAAGCUUCCGCCCGUGGAUGGGAGGGAAGGCGAGGUUUGUGAAGUGCGUGGAUAUGAAGAACGGGAACGGGGAUGGGACGUGGCCGGAUAAGGUAGAUGGGGUUUGGGGUGCGGUCUUGAGGUGGGAUGCGGGUAUGAAAUUGAAGUUCCCAGCUGGGACAGAGCUGCCAAAGUCGAAUUUGUAG